AUGAACAAUGAAAGCACGAGCUACUAUACAUCAAUUAUCAAGUCGCCACAGUUCACCUUCCUUGUUGGCAAGGACCGAACCCCCAUGACCAUCCAUGCGAGCAUCGUUCAAGGAAAAUCAGAUCCCCUGGCCGCUAUGAUCAACAAUGGGUUGAUGAAGGAGUCGACAACGGGCGUAGCGAUACUUGAUGAUGUCGACGUUGAUGUGUUUGGGGGGCUUUGUGAACACUUAUACACUGGCAGAUAUACGACACCUAUUUGCACCGUGAAUGACGCUGAGAAAACAUAUCCCGAAGACAAAAAAGUGACGAGAUCAAGGUUCCCGUGGAUUCCGUAUCUGAACCGCCGCGCGAUGACGAGUACCAACCCGCGGUCCCCCGACUUUAAUGACAAUAACAUGAGACAUGCUCAGCUUUGUAUUUCCUACUAUCUAACUGUCAGUUUCCGCGAGUUGAAUUUUGAUGCUUGCAGAUGCGCAUCAAAAACUUCCACCCCUGACAUUAUCUUCCAUGCUAGACUAUACGUGCUGGCAACCAGAUUCCUGGUUGAGUCGCUGCGUGAACAGUCCCUCGCGUCUCUCCAUCGGGACCUCGAACAACUCAUUGACAAGACAUCGGAUAUCGGUCUAAUUAUUGACCUUCUCCACGUCACUUACAGUCUUACCGGAAAGAGCGAGCCUGGAGGGGGGUCUGCGCUUCGAGAAUUGGUCAGCCAUUACGCCGCCAGCAAAGCUCCAGAGCUGUCCAAGCACGCUAUGUUUCGCGAGUUAUUGGAAGCCUCUAGUGACAUCGGAACGGAUAUCAUCAUGAAUUUAACGACAUGA